AUGAAACACUUAAUUGAGGUGUUUAUUUGCUUGCCACUCUUGGCUCAUUCCUUCGUGCUUGUGGAUGUGAAUGGAUGUAAAGAUACGAGUAGAAAGUGUCCAUCAACUACCACAACUCCAACAACAACCACAACAGCCACGACUAGGCCAAUCACCACAACCACUACACCAACCACAACGACAACAACAACAACAACAACAACAACAACAACAACAACUACUACUACUACUACUACUACUACCACUACCACCACUACAACGACGACAACGACCGUCAAAUGCCACGAGGUCCCUUUGACACCUCUUCUUCGCUCGUGGAACGGGAAAAGCGCCGAUCACUUCUACACAGAUAGUCCCGAUGAGCAACAAAAUGCCGUCAGCUUGGGCUAUUCGAUUGAAAGCAGCAUGGGUUUCCUCGGAACGUCAGGCGCAUGUGAUUGUCCGGGAAUCGUGCCGCUCUAUCGAAUGUGGUCGAGUUCAGUGAGCGAUCAUUUCUACACGACAAGCCAAUCAGAGAUGGUGAAAGCUCAGAACGAUUAUCAUUAUAAUCUCGAGGGGAUCACCGGGUAUUGUAUGCCGACAUCCGGUUGUGGCUUAUUACCACUCUACCGCUUCUGGAAUGGCAAAUCAGGAGAUCAUUUCUACACAAAUAGCGAGGCUGAGAAGGAGUCGGUUCUUCUCAAUUUGCACGAUUAUCAAUACGAGGGAAUUCAAUGCUAUGUCUGGUCGACGAACAGUCAUUGC